CCGCGCUGGCUCGGCAGCCGCCAAGACUCGGGCCCACCCCCGGGGUGAAGCCGCCCGCGAUGCUGCCGGAGGGGCUCCGCCGCUGAGGGGCGCCGCGUCGGCUGACGAUGUGGCCCAGGCGGCGGCGCCCCCCCGCUGCGCGGGCGCGGGCCGCGCUGGUGGCCCUGGCGCACGCGGCCGCCGUCUGCAGCGGCGGUGCCGCGGGGGCCACGGGGGGCCUCCAGCCGAUCGACGUCCCGCUGGCCAGUUGGAAGCGCAUCCUGGUCGACGGGCGCGUCACGGAGCUGGUCCACGCCACCCACCUCGACGACCUCCUGAAGGACACGCCCGAGGCGUCGAGGCCGCCGACCGUGAUCUACGUCCACGACAGCACGCGGCCGGAUCGAGGGCGCCUGCGGCGAGCCACCGAGGAUCGACCCCCCGAGGUCUUGGCGUCGCAUGGCCUGAGAUGAACUGCGUGUUUUUCGG